AUGAAUGUAAACUGUGCCGGCAUGCCAGGAGGUGUGAUGGAUGUAAACGUAAACAUAGAUGAAGUCCAGAAUGCCCUAAAGUUUGCUGUGAGUCAACACAACAAAGCAAGCAACAACAUCUACAUCAGUCAGGUUUCAAGACUGAUCAAGGCACAGGCGCAGGUUGUUGGUGGUGUGAAUUAUAUUUUCACUGUUGAGAUGGCAAGGACAUCCUGCAGAAAAGGUUUUGUUGCGAAUGUGUGUUACAUCCAUCCAGACCCACGUGUUGCAUUGCAUCAUGUGUGCCAACUGAAGGUGUGGGAACAGGUCUGGUUAAACGACAUCCGAGUUUUAGAGAAUACCUGCCUGUAG